UGGAUGACUUGUCUGAUGACGUAGAGCGACUUCCUGUUUUGUAACGCACAUGGUCAUGACUCACAACUGUAUCCACUGGUUUCGUAAGGGACUCAGGCUGCAUGACAACCCAGCUCUGGUGUCUGCUCUCAGGGACUGUAAAGAUCUGUACCCCGUGUUCGUCCUGGACCCACAUCUCUACAACAGUGACCACAUGGGCAUCAACCGCUGGAGGUUCCUGGUUGGAUGUCUUCAUGACCUGGACUGCAGCCUGAGGAAACUGAAAUCCAGACUUUUUGUACUCCGAGGCCACCCAGAGGAUGUGUUUCCUGAACUGUUCAAAAAGUGGGACGUGACCAAGUUGACGUACGAGUACGACACGGAGCCCUACAGCCUGAGCCGCGACGGGAAAGUGACAGAACUGGCCGAACGCCACGGAGUGGAAGUGGUUUACAAAAUCUCACACACGCUGUACGACAUGGACAGGGUUAUUGAAGAAAACAACGGGAAGGCUCCGCUCACCUACAACCGAAUGCAGGCCAUAUUGAAAAGUCUGGGACCCCCAAAGAAACCAGUUCCUGCCCCGACCCUGGAAGACAUGAACGAGAUAAAGACGCCUUACACAGAAAACCAUGAAGAGGAAUAUGGGAUUCCACCACUAGGGGAGCUCUGCGAGGACACUGCAGCACCUGGUGAAGAGAAGUUUCCAGGAGGAGAAGAGGAGGCUCUGAGGAGACUGGAUGAACACAUGAAACGAACAGCGUGGGUGUGUAAGUUUGAGAAACCCCAGACGUCACCCAACUCUCUGAGCCCCAGCACCACGGUCCUCAGCCCCUACGUCACCUUUGGCUGCUUGUCCGCACGGACCUUCUGGUGGAGGCUGGCGGGGGGCUACCAGGGGAACAAACACUCCAGUCCUCCAGUUUCCCUUCAUGGUCAGUUGCUGUGGAGAGAGUUCUACUACGCUGCCAGUGUGGGGAUCCCAAACUUCAACAAGAUGGUGGGCAACCCUGUCUGUACCCAGGUGGACUGGGACUCUAACCCUGAACUCCUAGCUGCCUGGAGAGAGGCUCGAACUGGUUUCCCUUUUAUUGAUGCCAUCAUGACUCAGCUGAGACAGGAGGGCUGGAUCCAUCACCUGGCCAGACAUGCUGUGGCCUGUUUCCUCACCAGAGGAGACCUGUGGAUCAACUGGGAGGAAGGACAAAAGGUGUUCGAGAAGCUUCUGUUGGACGGAGACUGGGCUCUGAAUGCUGGGAACUGGCUGUGGCUCUCGGCCAGUGCCUUUUUCCACCAGUUCUUCAGGGUUUACUCUCCUGUGGCCUUUGGCAAAAAGACGGACAAAAAUGGAGACUACAUCAAGAAGUACCUCCCUCUGCUGAAGAAGUUAUACAUCUACGAGCCGUGGAAAGCUCCUUGCAGCGUCCAGCAGGCAGCAGGAUGCAUUGUGGGUAAGGACUAUCCACAGCCUAUCGUGAAGCAUGAAGAAAUCCACAAGAAGAACAUCCAGAGGAUGAAGCUGGCCUAUGCCAAGAGGUCGUCGGACGCCGCCGUGUCGCCCAACAAAAAACAAGGUCUGAAACGUAAGGCCUCAUCAGUCGCCGACCUGCUGCAGAGCAAAGGCAAGAAAAAGUAACGACACAAACACUGUAGUUCACUCUGCUACAGUCGUAAUAACUGUCAACAGUACAGCGUCACCUAAAAUGUUUGUUUUCUAUUUGAAUCCUUAUUUUUUCAUGUUACAAGGAUUGGGCUGUAGUUCAUAUCUCCCAGGUCAAAGGUCAAAUAAAUAUACAAACUGUCAUUAAAUGUAUGUGAAAUACUUUUUUUGUAUCACUAUGUGCUUUUUGGACUGAUGUCCGAUGAUGUGAGUUUUUUAUGUGUUUUUUCAAUUAAAAAGUAC